AUGAUGGUGCCCGUCCUGUCCGACGACCCGGGCGUGGCCGCCGAGAACGGCGAGGCGGGUUUCAUCUCGGACCUGAAGGCGGGUGACCUGCUGGGCCGCACCAACGAGGAGCUGGUGUUGCUACUGAUUCAGUUGCGGCGUCAGGCUGCCGCAGCCGCUGCCGCCCGGGAUCGCGUCAGUCGUCAGCUGGACAGAGCGGUGGCGGAGGCCGGAGGGAACGGACGGCAGACGGAACAAACGGAGCGACUCAGGGCCCAAAUGGCCAGACUGGACUCUCAGCACCAGCUGACGCGACCUCUCAUCACCCUGGUGGACAACAUGUUGAAGCUGUCUUCUCUGCGGGGCUCCCGCGGCGGGCCGGGGGCCGGGGCUGGUGGGCAGCCGCCCCCCGGCGAGACGUCCGAGCCUCCUGCCGCGACACUAGCGCCGCCCAGCGGACAGAACGGCGACAGCCAGGACCGGCCGCCCGUCACGGGGGAAGAGGGACCUGUGAGAGACUCGGAGCGGCUGCUGCAGAGGCAGAGAGCGCUCCAGGACGAGCUCACCAGGGUCAAGGCCGUGCUCAGCUCCAGCGCAAAGACGCUGGACGAGACGGCGGCGGAUAACAGUCGCCUGGAGAGGGAGAUGCUAUCUCUGCGGCAGCGACUGCAGGCGGCGCUAAAGGCCACCAGCCACGGCAGCUCCUACAGUAACGAGGUUCGCGCCCUGGAGGCGGAGGUGCGCCGCGUCCAGAGGAUGCUCUCCUCCCGUCAGGCGGAGCGGCGCGCUCCCGGUCCCGAGGAGUCCCGCAGGUCCGGCUCCGUCCGCCGGCCCCCGGAGGAGCCGGCUCCGCUCCACCGCGCCGGCUCCGCGCGGCUCCCGGCCGGCUACGAGGCGCAGUAUGACGAACAGGUAAUGAAGGAGUGGCACCGUGCAGGUCAGGUCACCUAG